UCCGGUACGUCUAAAUCCACUGGAACUCUACCUCACCAGAUAUAUAUUUCUAGGGUUUCUCUCUCUUCCGUAAUCUUAUCGAGUUUCAAACAUCUUUCCAUUGAUUUCCCUGUAAAUUAGAUCAAACGUAUACAGCAAUCUAAUUGACCACGGAUAUUGUUUUUUCGUUUGAUUUUGGAUCCAUAUUUUCAUAGAUUUGUAGGAAUUUCUGGAGUUUUAAUUGAAUAAUUAUCGGUAAUUAAUUAGGGAUUAUGCCUCCAAGAUCAGCGAAGAAGUUGCCCCCGGGGCCGGGGUCGAAGAGAGGUGGAAGGGUUGGGAGAGGCUCAGCCAGAGCCCUGGCCCAAGCACAAGCUCAGGUUCAGCCAGAAGCUGAGGAACAUGUGACAGCAGAGGAGACGCAGGUUGUGGAAGUAGCUAAACCGGAGAUCAAUCUACAGGAUGAAGUCGCCGAGGAUAAGACCUCGCCACCGCCUGAGCUGGUGGAGGAGCCAAGGAAGGCAGCUCAGGUGCAAUCUCUGGAGAACACAAUGGUUUCUGUGAAAAAAGAUGAUGAUUCAAAAGAAUCUGUUGAUGAAUUAGAAAAGAGUGAGAAGUUAGAUUUGGAAGAUAAUGAUCCUGAAUAUGAACCUGAGGAAUAUGGCAGUGUUGAUUAUGAUGAGAAGGAAAUUGAGCAAGAGGAUGCUCAAGAAGAGGGGGAUGAAAUUGAUGAAGACCUGGGGGAGGAAGAAGGUGAUAUGAUGGGUGAGGAAAUAGAGGAUGUACAAGAGGAGCUUGAGGGUGAGGACAAUGAUGUUCAUGAAGUUGAGGAGCGUGAUGAAAUGGUUGACCAUGAAGAAGAUGAGGACCACCAUGAGCUUGUAAAAGAGAGACGCAAAAGGAAGGAGUUUGAGGUCUUUGUCGGUGGCUUAGAUAAGGAUGCUACUGAGGAUGAUCUUAAGAAGGUUUUCUGUCAAGUUGGCGAAGUUGUUGAAGUUAGACUCAUGAUGAACCCUCAGACUAAAAAGAACAAGGGGUUUGCCUUCCUCCGUUUUGCAACCGUAGAGCAAGCUAAGCGUGCUUGUACUGAGCUCAAAAAUCCAGUGGUCCACGGAAAACAAUGUGGUGUUACUCCUAGUCAAGACAGCGACACCCUCUUUUUGGGUAACAUUUGCAAGUCAUGGACAAGGGAAGCUUUGAGAGAUAGAUUAAAACAUUACGGCAUUGAUAAUGUGGAGGAUCUCACAUUGGUUGAAGACAGUAAUAGUAAUGGAAUGAAUCGUGGGUUCGCUUUCUUGGAGUUCUCUUCUCGCUCUGAUGCUAUGGAUGCUUUUAAGCGCCUACAGAAAAGAGAUGUUGUCUUUGGACUUGAUAGGCCGGCUAAAGUAUCUUUUGCUGAUUCCUUCAUCGACCCAGGUGAUGAGAUCAUGGCUCAGGUUAAAACAGUGUUUGUGGAUGGGCUUCUUGCAUCUUGGGAUGAGGAUUACGUACGUAAACUUUUAAAGAGUUAUGGUGAGGUUGAAAAGGUUGAGCUGGCAAGAAACAUGCCUUCCGCCAAAAGAAAGGAUUUUGGUUUUGUGACAUUUAAUACCCAUGAGGCUGCUGUAACAUGUGCCAAAAGCAUCAACAAUGAGGAAUUGGGUGAAGGUGAUAGCAAGGCCAAAGUUCGGGCCAGGUUGUCUAGGCCUCUCCAGAGAGGUAAAGGAAAAAGUGGUUCUCGUGGAGAGCUUCGUACGGGUCGUGGCCCAGUUCGUGGUUUGCGAAGUCCUUGGACCCGUACAGUCACUCAUAGUGUCCCUCUUCGUGGAUCUAGAGGUGUUUCAUCACGCGUGCCUCCCAUUGUUGACCGCGGAUUUAAAAGACCUGCUAGUUUUAGGGAUAGACGUCCAAUCAUGGCUGUUCCUACCAGGUCCAGACCUCUGCCUCCUCCUCCAAGGCCAUAUGAAAGAAGGCCACCUGUUGCUUCAUAUCCCAAAAGCAGUUUGAAAAGGGAUUAUGGUCGGCACGAGGAUCUUCUUCCAAGGAGCAGAUCUUCUGCAGAUUACACUUCAAGAGUUCCCUCUGAGCGUCGCACAUCACUGAGAGAGGAUUAUCCUUCUCGGGGAUCUGGCUAUUCUGAUUUGCCUAGAGUCAGUUCCCGUCCUGUGGCGAGAAGAGAGUAUGUUGAUGAUGGUUAUGGACACAGAUAUGAAAGGCCUCCUCCGGUUUAUCGCGAAGUGCGGGGUCGGGAAUAUGAUUCUAUUUCUGGGUCAAAACGUCCAUAUAGUGCCAUGGACGAUGUUCCUCCUCGUUAUGCAGAUCCUGGUGUACGCCAAUCUCGUGCUCGUCUGGAUUACGAACUUAGUGGAAGCGCUUCACAUUAUGGGGAUGCUUACGGUGACAGACUUGGGAGAUCGAAUCCAGUAUAUGGUGGUGGUGGUCGAAAUUCUAUGUCUAGUCAAGACUCCAGUUCCCUUUACAGCAGUCGCCAUAGUAUGGGUUAUGGUGGAGGUUUGAUUCCUUCCCUUUUGAUGUACUUGCUUUAGUGCUUAUAGUUAUUAUGAAAGAGACUUGUACACAUUCGUCCUUUUUUAUGCCUUACAAUUACAUUGAAUUAGGAUUGUGUGGUUGAGGCAGGUUAGACUGUGUUGGGCUCCUAGUCUGAUGCCUUGGCAAUUUUUUCCUCUUGUUUUGCAGGCUCUUAUAAUGGUGAUGGUGGUGGAAUGUAUUCAUCAGGCUAUGGUGGUGAUUACAUGUCUCGUGGCGGCGAAGUAUGCUUCUGCUGUUGCUUUUAUUAAUCCUUAAUAAAUUAUAUUGUGGCUUAUAUUUACAUUUGCUUAUUCUUCCUUUGUUUUGCCCAUGUGCGCUAUAGGUCGGUGGAAGCUCCUAUACCUCACUUUAUUCUAGUCGUGGAAUGGGUGGUAGUAGUUAUAUGGGAAGCAGUGGUUCCGGAUCGUACUAUUGAGGUAUGUGAUUUUGCUGCUUUGUGAUACAUGACUUUCCCAAUAAGAGGUAUCAUCUUCAGCCAAAGAUGAACGCUAAGGAAGUUUACUGUUGAGUUUUCCUUGAUCUGAGCUAUACAAACGGGAAGUGCUCGGUUAAUAACUGCUGCAUAGAGGUGUGCUAACACCUUGGUUAUUUGUGUAUGUCAGAGAUCUGGGCUGGCAAUAAGGGGCUAGGCUUGUGUUGAACUUUGGAACUCUUCUAGAUUUAAGUUUCAUCAGUUUUGGGACAAAAGAGGUUUCAUCAGAUGAGAAGGUGAAGUCUCGUGGAAGGAAGCUUUUGAUGAGAUCAAAAUGUGCAAGUGAACGCUAUCCAGGAUUUCUAUUAUGAGUUUUAGUGGCAUCCUGGAUAUUCCUGCAUUUAGUUUAAAGAUUUGCUGUCAGGGAACCUCUAAGAGGAUGGAAAUAUUUUAGUGUUUCCUCAAAGUUUACCCAUGAGCAAACUCAUUGUAAGAUUUCUCUCAAGUUGCUAGUGGUUAAGCCAUUGUAUCAUUUGUCAUUAGGGGCACAAGUAGUCUGGGCCACAAAAGCAGGGGAUUCUUCAUUGUUGUUUCUCAGUGAAUGAUUUUCCGAAAUAAUAUUUCUACCAUGAAAAGCAGUUAAGAAUGGGUGUUGCUUAUCUCUCUUGUUUUUAACUCGAAAAAGUCAUUAAAGAUGUUUGAGGC